AUGGACAGUGGUUCGUAUUUUGAGUUCGGAAGCUGUAGAUGUGGAUCGAUUUAUUUUCAUUCAGUCUGCUUUCUUCAAUCUAUUUUUUCUUCUUUCAUUCCCUUUAUUUUAAUCCAAUUCUUUUUUACUUUUUCCUUCGGUCUAUUUUCCCUUCUUUCACACUCAUUCUUUAAAUUUAUAUCCCCUUCUUUCGUCCUUUUUUCCUUCAAUCCAUCAUUUCUAUUCAUUUGUUCUUCUUCCUCAUUUUCUCGCAGUUCACCUUUCCUCACUCAAACUUUCUUUUCCUUCAUUUUUCUUUCCUCGACCCAUUUUCUCUUUCUUCAUUAUUUUUCACUCCAUCCUCUAUGCCCUUGUUUUAAUCUUCUUCAUUCAAACUAUUUUUCUCUUUCAUCCUUCAUUUUAUCUUUUUUUUUCAAUCGUUUUUACCUUCACUUCAUUCUUCUCUAUUCAUCUGCUUUCUUUCUUCCUUCUUCGAUUCAUUUUUUGCUUUUUUUGCUUCUUCAUGCUUUUUCCUUCAAUCAAUUUUAUAUUUCUUUCAUUCUUCUUACUUCAGUCCUUUUUCACGUCUGUACUUCAGUCCAUUCCCUUAUUUCUUAA